AUGGCUUCGACCAUCGAGGGACUCACAGAUGAGCAGGCGGCGGCUCUGGUCGGCCUGCAGGUCGGAGAUCUCUUACUGAUUCAGAAGGUCGAGCGCUACGAAGAGGACGAUGACGAGGAUGAGGAGGAUUACGAUGAGGAUGAUGGCGAAGGCAGCGGCGAAGAAGACGAGGAAGGCAGUGACGAGGAUGGAGAGGGCGCUGAUGACGAGGGAGAUGGCGCCGAGUCUGAUUCGGAGAGCGAGGCCAGCAAUUCGGCCUCUGACGGCGAGAGCGACGAGGAAGCACUGUCUGACGACACCAGCGCCACCGAGACUCAGGUCCUGCCUCGAGUGUACACCAUCUCCGCCAUCACCAGUGACGCCUUGGCUAACAUCACGGACGUCACCCUCGUGCAUCUGAAAUACUCCAGCACCGUCUCGACUGCCCACUCUUACCAGAUCUAUGGCAAGCAGAUUGUUCAUGACCAUCCCAGUACAUGCGGUCAGCAGGGCAAUGAGUGCGAGACUGUGAAGCUCGCCGACAUCGUCAAUCACCAAGACUUCCAGAUCCAUGCUAAGCCCAACGGCGAUUUUGUGCGGCGCCUCGACCAGGACAUCUGGAUCUCCAACCCGCACACCCGCUGUAUUGCAGGCUGUUCGUCCGGUUUCCUUCCACAUGGCCAUGACCUGCAGGCCAUGAUCGCCAACUACAACUCACCAACUCAAGCAAUUGGCACACCCUUGCCUGCAAGCUACCAACUCCCUCUGUGCCCUGUCUGCGUCGGCGUCGAUCUGCUCAAACAACAGCAGGUGCUACAGGCCAACCUCAUGCUGGCAGGCAUGGUCGACAUGGGCGUCGUUGUCGAGUUCCUCGGCCGCGUCAACCCCCGUCGUCGCGAGCUGGGCUAUCCAUUCGAGCAAUUCGAUGAGCGGGAGUGGGGCUUUGGCGAGUUCGAUGACAUGCUGUCUGAUGAGGAGGGAGAUCACGAUGAUGACGAUGGUCGCUGGCAGCAGUGGGAAGAGGCGAUGGAUCCCAACUCCGCCGUUCAGAACCGACCAGCCAGUGCCGCGACCAUUGCCUCACUCCCACGCAAGCUCUUCGAGACCGUCAAGCAAGACGAGGCAGACGAGUCCCUCAACUGCAAGGUCUGUCUGGACAAGUUCGAUGAUGGCGCUGUCCUGGUCGAGUUGCCUUGUGGCCAUACCUACUACCACGAGGAGUGCAUCGAGCAGUGGCUCAAGCAUUUCGACAACUGCCCGACCUGCCGCCGUGUGGUUCCUCCGGUCGAAGAGCGAAAGGACGAGAACGAGGCGACCGAAGAGGGGCCUGUUGGAGAAGGUGGCUUCGAAAUGGACGGCGAGGAUGCGGUGAUGUCUGAUGCCUAG